AUGCUUCUUUCAUCUCGACUACCACCAACGACCAUGCCAUUAUCAUCGACUACCAUCUAUGAUAACGGUACAGAAUAUAGUCAUCAAACCAAUUCAACAACACUUGCACCAUCGAUACCCAAGCAUUACAAUGUACCAUUUGCUAUUCAGCAUGGCUAUUUUCGUUCGGUAAGUCAACUUCGUACACCGUUGAUUUUAUGUGCCUACGUGGAAAAUGAUCGGUGGAGUCUAUCGUUGGCACAUAAUUUAUUGGAAAAAGGAGCAAAAAUUGCGUUAGAAGAUCAUGCAAGACGCAAUGCAAUGCAUCAUGCUUGUGCUGUUCAACGUAUCGAGCUCGUUCAGCUGUAUCUAUCUUGUUUGGAUUUUCAUAUUGAAGCACAGGAUUGCGAAGGAAAUACCUGUUUACAUUAUGUUGCUAUCACAGGUAAUUGUGACAUAGCUGAAUUGCUUAUGAAAUCAGCAGAGAGAAUUGGUAUUCGUCUCGAUAGAUAUGUAAAUCGUGAAGGCUGUUCGGCUGCAGUUCUUGCUCUCAAAUAUGGACACAUUGAAUGUGCAAAUCAAAUAACCCAUCGUGAUAGUGAUGAAUUCUUUGUUGUACCACGUCCUUUAUCGAUCUAUGAGAAUCCGUCGACAAUUAUCGAGACGGGAUACGUUCCGACAACAAUAUCAAAGAAAAACAAAUUUCUCUCGAACAAAGUGAAUCAUCUAUCUGCAACAAUGCCAUUUAGUUUGCUUAAAAUCAUUUUUAACGAUAGCGAUAGUAGUUAUUCAACUCGAUUAGCUAACCUUUGCCAGCAAGACAAACAUAUUCGACAUUCAAAACAAGAAGCACCACAGCUAUCGACACCCAUUAACGGUCACGAUCAAACUAAAUCAACAACAGUCAAUGGUGCUCGUUAUAUUAGUACGCAAGUAUUAGUUAAUGAUUCGCACAUUUUAUCGCGCACGAAAAAAUCUCAGAUCAGCUAUGACGACAAUGAGAAUUUCCAUCCAUCCGGUCGUAUCAGUCCUCGAAUACAAUUACUAAGUCAACAACGAUCGAAUAAUUCUUCGGUUUUCAAAGAUCAAAACUCCUCAUUCAUUCAUAAAACAUCGAGUAAAACCCAAAUAUCCAUUGAUGAUCUUAGCAUAAGUAAAUCGAAUGGAUUAAAAACCGAAAAUGAAACCAAUCAAUCUAAGUCAAGCGCUUCUCAGACGUAUCAACAAACAUCCAGUUCCAGAAUUCUGCGUCCCAAAACCACAGUGCACAUCAGUCUGCCGCCAUCAGGUUUGAGUUCUGCAAAAAUCAAGCAAAAACAAGCAUUAUCAGCACCAACGAAACAGAAAGUUCUACCAAAUGAUCGAUUCGAUUCGGCUUCCACAACGACAAAACAAACUCAUUCAACUGAAACCUAUCUUCAGCCAGCUUGUCCUACGCGUUCAACUUCUGCAGUAACACAUCGUUCGUCUUCGAAAUCGAACGAUCUAUUAUGUCAAAUUCGAGAAGCUACCGGACCAACCAGUCGUUACAAUAAACCCGAAGAACUAUUUGGUCUGCGACCUGAAGAACUGUUUCGCUGUGAACAGACUGAACCGAAAAUUUUCGAUCAACAAUCAAUGUCAACCAAAACCGACGAGAGUAUGCGUUCAAAACGUAGUCACUUUCUCAAGCAACAUUAUGUCUGGCAACAAGAUGUUGAUAAACUCAUUGAACUAUACAACGUUCAUCACAGUUCAACCUAUCGGAAGUCAGCUAUUCCACCAUUAUCAUCCCUGCAAAUGGUGACAACAGCGGAGCCUACUGCUGAAGCUCCGUCAGGUAUUAAAUCCAGACAAUUAUCUGUUUCGAAACACUCGACUACAUCAACGGCGUCAACAUCAAAAUCUAUAAACCACUCGAAACAUUCGACACCUGCAGCAGUAAGCACGUCUCGACGAAAUUCUGUUCAUCGUCACCCUUUGAAAUUGACGCACGCGUAG